AUGGCUUCCAGUUACGCAUCUUUUGUCUUAACAAGGAGUAAUCAUUACUCGUUGAAAGUGAUCACUUAUUCCAGAGUAUUUCAGUUGGUGCUGGCUAUACUCAUAAUAUUUACCUUAGCUGAAUCUCAUCCAACACCACCAAGCACUUUAUUAUGGAUUAUUGCUGUGGUUCAGUUCUACAAUUUGUUGAUGACAAUUCUUACUGCUAUUUGCGUUCCGUUAUCAACCUAUUGCAUCGCAUAUUUACCGGAAGGAAGCAAAUAUUUAUAUCAGCCAUCAACAGUGUACAUUUUGAUAGCUCUUUUGAAUAUAUUUCUCGCUGCAUCCUUUAUGCUUUGCUUGCUUAUUUGGAAUGACUUUGUUCAGUGUGAGGGAUGCCCAGAAGACCAAAUAUUACAUCUUGAGGUACGACGUCAGUCCGACGAAUAUUACCCUCUACUUCCACGUGAAGUUGCAUACGGAAAGUAUCAAGCAUUUUGA